AUGAGGCAGAAGAGACAGCAAAUAUAUUCACUCGUUAUUCUUAAUUCUUUUUCCGUAAAUUGUACAGCUUCAGGUGCCCAGGCAACUCAACGUAAAGAGGUUUUUGUGUCUCCUUUUGGGCGAGAUGCUAACAACUGUGGCACUGAGGUUCUUCCUUGUCAGACCAUCGCUCAAGCUGUCCGCCAGGUGACCUGGAGUGGAGAGAUAUACCUCAAUGGGAGUGGUACCGAGAAUUUCCCUUACAAUUGCAGUCGUCCUAACGAACCUCUUGGGAUUUGCAUUAAGAAAAGUUUGACUAUCACAGGGUUCUUGUCGCCCCACGUUUUUUGUCCCGGGGGAAUUUAUUUCCAAAAGAAAAAUGACAAGAAGCACAUUCGGGUAAAAUUAUCAGGGAUUGUUUUUACGCAAACAUCUCUUACAUUUGAAGAUUGCAAGUGCGUAACAGUUGUCAACUGUACGUUUGGUGGCGCUUCGGAGCUUUUGCGUGUUUAUAUGCAGAACAUUACUACAUUCCAGUUGGAUAUCACUGGACACUCGUUUUUUCACAACAAUUCGUUAUGCUUCAUGCUUCUUUUUCUCCAAAAUAUUAUAAACAAAAGCCGUUUUGUGACAGUCAAUAUGAGUGAUACGUAUUUUACAAUGAAUGGAGUCGAUAUUGAACAGCAGCGUGCUCAUACAGGAGGGCUGAAGAUGGUAUCAAAGGAAAAGAAAGCUUCAAAAAUUAUAGAGUAUGUGAAUAUCUCUUGUAACAACGUUCAUUAUGUCAACAACUUUGGGUCCUUUUUACACCUUGAUGUUCCAAAUGUGUUGGUAAAGGAGACAUACGAAGAUCUGAAUUUCAAUUCCAAUAACUUACAGCCGGCAGGGAACAACCUUUACUUUUCAAAUGUGAAAGAGACCAAUGUAAUUUUCAAAGGCUUACGAUGCGAACGCAAUCCGUCUUCGUGUUGUAUCAGAAUCCAGUCUAUCAAGGCAGCGGUUGAUAUCCAAAGUUCUCUUUUCGACGGCAUUUUUCAAGCUUUGUAUCUUGAAUCUAAGAUUAAUGCAUCCCUACGAAUUUUUGGUUCAGUGAUUAAAAACAAUAGAGCAGAUGCUGGAGCUGCACUGUUUGCUACGAGCCCGAAAGGCUUUCUCAAAAUCAAUAUUACAAAUGCGCUGUUCAGUAACUGCCGAGCCAAGAAAUAUGGAGGCACGAUAUCAAUAGGGCGUCGGAACAGUAGACAUCAGAAAAUGCAGUCAGUUCCAGAUACACUAGAUUUCACUCUCAGAAAUGUUUCUGUGAAAGACUGGACCGGAAAUGACCACAAAUAUUCAACUAUAGAUGUCCUUCUUAAAAGUGGGAAAGUAACAAUAGAACAGUCCAACUUUUCUAACACAAGGUCAGCAUCACCCAACGGCGCUGUUCUCGUCAAUACGCUGGGGGGGAAAUCUAACAUCACAGUUUUAAAUUGCUCGGUCAUUGUUGGUGGUGUAAAAACACCAAAAGCCAAAAGUCAAGCGUUAACCUUCAAAAUAGUGGCAUCAAAGAGCAGUGCAGGUAUUGUAUCAAUAUCAAACAGCUUGUUCGAAAACAUUGGCGAGAAACAGAAGGGCUUGUCUGUAAGUCCCAAAUACCACAUUAGAGUGAUCAAUAUAACAGUUGUAUCAUUCUUCUAUGGAUUCCAGGUACUCGCAGAGUAUCCCAGAAAUAUCAUGUGUCCGAUUGAUAUCUACAUCGACAAAUGCACUUUCAUCAACAACAUCUAUGAUAUGCUGUUGACUCCGUAUGAUCCAACCUUUGUCCACGUAACAAUUCAGAAUUCACUUUUUACCAGUAAUGAAACGCUUUUUCGAAAAAGUUAUGUUAUUCGCCUCAACAUCCGUCUGGAAAAGAUCUCUUCCACGAAUGCAGUUGUAAUGCUUGACAAUGAUACUUUCGACUCCAAACCAUCGAUCAAUUUUGCUUUUUUCUUUAAGGGGACGAAAAAUGUGACAAUUAAGGGAUGCACAUUUCGUAACUGCAUUUAUGCGUUUUCACAUGCACAUAAGUGGCCCAUUGAGGCUGGAGACUUUUAUGAGACUGGUUCUGGCGCAAUUUCAAUCUUGACCCAUCCUGAUACACUGCUAAAGAAUGGAUGUCUUUACUUUAACACUGUUAAUAACACACAUCCUAUCUGGGCAUACGAAAGUUAUGUGACAUUCAAAGAUACAGUAUUUGAGCAAAAUAUGGGACUGAUUGCUGGUGGAGUCCACAUAAGUAACGGAUUUACCACUUUCAAGAGAUGUCUUUUUAAAGAUAAUUUUGGCAUUCAACAGAGUGGCCACAUUUAUUCCUCAUCUGGAACUGGAAGACUGGACAUGGAAGAUUGUUUAUUCCUGAGAACAAGGAGAAUGUUCAACGGUAUAAACAGUUCCAGGUACGUAAAAGCAACGUUUUUGUAUUCUGAGAGUGGAGGACCUUUAAAUCUUAAGAACACUUCUUUGAUAUCAGUGUUCCCUGCACGAAAUGACUUUCGAAUGUUUGACAUUUCCAGUGGAGGAUACGUUCAUAUGGAUGAUAAAUCCACCAUGCAGUGCAACGAAGGAAGUAAGCUCGUAUUGGAAAACGCUACACAUCUUGAAUAUACAAAGGAAAAUGGCGAAUCAUGCAGAAAAAACGUAACCGUCAUAAAGUACUCUUGUCUUUCAUGUCCCGUGGGUAAUUAUAGCCUCCAAAAAGGAACAUCGCGAGGUUUAUUUGUCAACAAUACCAUUCGUUGUCUUCGAUGUCCAUUCGGUGCUAGAUGCAUUGAAAGAAAUAUAGCUGCAAAGCCAAAUUUCUGGGGUUACCAAACAACUAAAGGGCACCAACAGCAACUGAAAUUUUCUGCCUGCCCGGAACACUACUGUCAAAGUCCGACAGACGUUUCAAAUGAUUUUAACCGUUGCCGUGGGAAUAGAAAUGGUACUCUCUGUGGAAAAUGCGCAGAGGGGUUCACAGAAUCUCUAUUUUCAACGGAAUGCUCUGAAGCUACAAAAUGCGGAAAAUCCUGGAUUUGGGGCGUGACAAUACUUUUAACACUUGGAUUGGUACUUUAUCUUUUGAUAAAACCGCCAAUACUUGGCUUCCUUUGCUGCCAGAUCCUUUGGUUCAGAAGAGAUGGCCAUCAAAUAGGUCAAAAUGAAGCCUCAGACAGUGGGUUUAUCAAAAUAACAUUUUAUUUCUACCAAGUUGCGGAGAUUUUGAUGGACACGUCCAUAGAAAAUCGGCUAAAAAUUAUACCUUUUCUUGCCUUUGUGAUCUCUGCGCUUAAUUUUCAAGUUACAACGGUAAACAACAAAAUUGGUUGUCCUUUUUCAGGUCUUACAGCAGUAACUAAGGAGCUUUUUCUAUCUGGAACAGUGUUUUUGGCAGUGGCGAACGUCUUCAUCGUGUAUAUUUUGCAUUUGUUCAUUAACAUUUUGCGACAGAAGGAAAAGCCAAGACUUAUACACUAUGCAGCCGUUUUCAUGGAAGUAUUAUUGCUUGGAUAUGAACGGUUGGCGGAAACGUCUCUGAACCUAAUGCAUUGUGUCUCCAUAGGAUCCAGAAAAUGGCUCUUUAUCGACGGAAAUAUCCCAUGUUUGCAGUGGUGGCAGUAUAUCCUACUGGCUUACAUUGCCGUGUUUGUGAUGCCCUUUACCUUUGUACUUUACUGGGGUUCUUCAAAACUUAGCAAAUCUUCUAUUACAGCAAAUGAAUUUCUCGGGGCUUGCGUGCUCCCAUUUCCUUUUCUGAUCUACUGGAUUUGCAAGACAAUUUGGAAUAGGAAAAAGGAAAACGUGUCUGCAAGUAAUCAGGAAGUCAACAGAGAUGUUUUAGAAAUACUCCAUGGGCCCUUUCGCAAAGGGACGCUCUACUGGGAAAGUGUUUUGAUUGGGCGAAGGUUUAUUCUUCUUUCUUUCCAUACGUUUAUUACGGACAGAAUGUUACGUGGGGUUUGCAUGACAAGCGCAUGUUUCUUGAUGACAAUUCAUCACGUUUUGAACAACCCUUACAAAAAUCCAUUGGCGAAUAAAUCAGAAACACUCUCGCUUGUUGUUUUGACCCUGAUGGCUACAAUAAAUUUGCCAAAAGCAAUCUUCUUCUCAUUUGGCGUAGAAAUGAGCAUUGAUGCCUCGAACGUAACUAAUAUGGAAAUGCUUAAGUGGAUUGAGGUUGGCGCAUUGGUCUUUAUUCCAGCUUUUUUAACCCUGCUGGUGACGUUCGCGUUGUUGUCCCAACUGGCAAGAUUUGGACUGUUUGUCUUCAAAUAUAUUCGACGCUUAUGUCUUUAUCGCCUCUCUAAUCGGAUGACAGAAGCGUACAGCCCCCUUAUAGGUACAGAGGAAAGUUAAGUUGUUAAUAAAAAAUAUACUUCUUUCCAGCAAAUAUAGAUUAUAGUCCAUAAGUUUAAAACACAAUUCAUGCUUGUAGAGCCAAAUGAGAUGCAUUGACAUGUUUUGAUCGUUGUAUGGCGAAUCAGCAUUAAUACAUUCGCGUAAGAACAACUGUUUUUGUUCCAAUAUCGUAUUAAAAAAUUCAGUAAGGGUAGCUCUAGGGCGUACAAGGGGAGUAGAAGUUAGAAGCGGUAAGAACCAAUGAUUUCCUCUUUGUUUAAACGAUUUUGCAUCAGAUCCUCUUCUUCUCAGAAGCUCUCAUUUUUCUAAAAGAUCUGUAGACAUGUUUUGACUAAAUUUCGUAGAUCAGAGGUUGCAACAUGUACGUGAUAGGUCAAUGAACUCAAUUUUCUUUCGGGGAAAGAAGAUUUCGCCUGAUGAAAAUCGCGUCGAAACGUCACGAUCAAUAUUUUAUUUGACAAUCGUGGGACAAACGAUAACGAAAACUUUUAUAAAUGAUUUAUUUUUAUACACAUUUAUACCGAAAAAUUGUUUAAAACAGUACUGAAACCUGCUAAUUUGCUUGCACGUCUGGAGGUAAGGCAUGCUUCAAAUAUCGGGCUUGACGGAAAAUCUAUCCGUUUUACUCAUUUCCAUUUAGAUUUGGCUAAUGCGAAGUACGACAUUUCAAGCCGUCCUUACAAUACUAACUAACUGUAAUACGAUAAUUCACAUUAUUUUUUGUCAAGGUACUUUAAACUAAUCACUAAUUCUUUUUCGCAAUAUUUUGUCAAAGGAAUAUUUUAAAACUGAAAAUUGCUUGAAGAAUAGUAAAUAAAAUUUUAGAAAAAUAUCUGUCAUUCCAAUAACUGGCGUUAAGAAGCGUAGAAGAAGGGUUUCAGUUUGGGUAAGUCAUCGUUUGAUUUUGUUCUAAAUGGAAAUCUGGGUUUUACGAAAACCGAAGAGUGACUUCAAAUUAACUUCAGAAUUACGUCUUUGUUCGUAGGCUUCAAUCAGGUGUAAGAUGGAAGAAACGUCCUGUAAACUAAUAUAUAUUUUUUUUGUCCAGGAACAUCAUUAUAGAAAUUCUACUAAUCCUACACCAACCGUUUCAAUUAAAAUGUGCAGUCCAACAUGUAUUGAGGUUUCACUUUCUUGGGAAACUUCCUUACUGCUUAAAUGUACCUGUUUAACCAGCCUUAUAAAUCAUGAAACGAGAUGAUGGUGUUGUGGCAGAAGAAUCCAUCUGAAUAAAGUAGAAAUACGUGUAUGGCAGAACUUCGUGAAACUCAGGGCCAUACAAUGUCAGGGAUGGAAGGGGGGAGAGAAAUGGCCUGAAUGUAUAAAGUGUUCUCAAUCACGUGGCCAGCAGCUAGCCAUCAACGCUAAAUUAGGCAAUAAGAAACUGCUGCCCAUCGUCCAAAAAGUAUUUCAGUUUCGAUCUUUAUGUAAUUAACUUCAGGAUACGAUUUUUUACUGGUUAAAAACAGAAACAUUACUAUACAAGUCUUUCGUUUUUAACCAUUAAGUAUUUGUGCCUUUUAAUUUUUCUUCAUUUGGAAGAAACGCAAAGUUUUCAUUCACAACGUCUUGUCAAUGAAAACUGGGGCUAUAACCAUCUUGCUAUUACUCGUCACUGUACAGUUUCUCAGUUCAGCUGGCUUAUGGCGUUUUCAUGGUGCUUUACGUUGUUUAUUGUAGUUUCGUUGUUCAUCGUGAAAAUCACAGGUAAUUUAAUAUUCUAUAACAAACUCUCCAAUUGUUGAUUUAUUCAGUCUGUAUUUAAGACUUGACAUGCCCUUUGGAGUAAGUUAAAAAAGGCUAAUUAUUUAGAUAAAUGAUUAUUUAGUUAAAUAAUCAUAAUGGACAACUUGCAACUUAAAUCUUAACAAACAUUAAUAAUAUGUGGCCCAAGACCAAGUGCCUUCUAUUUGGCUAAAGCGUUCCUUACUCAUUAAUUCUAAUCACUCAAAUAUUCAACAUUUUCAACUUCCCAAAAUUUGUCCCUUGAAAAUGGAAAGUCUCUGGCAUCAAAAGUAGGAAAUUCAUGAAAGCAUUGCAGAAAUGUAUGCGAAACCUUUGCACAAGCCUUUGAAGGGCGGCCUUAAGUUCGAAAUAUUUUAGCUAGAGAGCGUUACAUGAUAUACAAAUUAGGACAUGUUGUACACCACGGCAAACAACAUGUUCAUGAUAUUCAUCACAAACUCAUUCACGAACCAUCUGUUUUAACCAAAAAAAAUGAAAUAAGAAAUAUUUGAACGAAUUCUCAUUACCAUAGAAAAUGAAACAGUUAUAACGCGUUAUCUUUAACUUCCACGUUUAUAAAGACGCAGAGGAGAUGACGCUUUUGUACAGUUUGCUUUUGUUUCCCCCAUAAAAUGCUCCAUGUUUCCCACUACUGAAAUGUUUGGUCGCCCCCAUAAAGUCAUUAAAAUGCUUGGAUUAUGCUCAUCAUAAGGAUAAUAAAAAUGUACUAUAAGUGGUUUGGUCUGAUAACAAUAUUUAUAAGUGAAUAAUACAGCAAAAUGAAUGAAUUGUUUUAAGGCGGAAUUUGGAUUGUUUUAUUUUUGCGGGUUUAAGUCGUCGUUUUCUCUUUUAAAAAAUGUUUCUCAAUUAUACACAAUCCGUAUUUAAUUUUGAGCGCGAUUAGAUGUAUCGCAGUAGGAAAACUGUAUCAUAGUUUUCCCAGCCAAUGCAAACUAGAAGAUACAAAUUUGAAAACCUUGAAUAUUUUAGAAACUGAAAAACGACUGAAUCGUCCCCAGUAGUCUUCGUGUAACGACGAGGUUGUGAGUGAGGACUCUUGCCCAGUGCAUUUUCGAAUGGUGGAAGCCUGAUUAUUUCCUUGUGCCAGGCUCCAAGGCACUUACUUGUUUUUCUUCAAAACAUAGUUAAUUAAAGUAAAAUGGUUAGAAAACCCUUUGUAAUCGGUUUUUGUUACCUUUUUGGACCUGACCGUGCACAACGUUCGAUAGCAUUCCCAUCAUUUUGAAGUUAUUGACCAAUAGAAACAUUGCAUUAACUUAUUCAGUCACAAUUUGUGAACAAAAAACAAAGGAUUGCGCACGGUCAGGGAGCUCCUGACAUAAACUACAGCACUAUUGUUUUCAACUUUGAUGUUUGCCGGCUUUCCUAACUAGUCUCCUCUACUACCUAUGUUCAAAAGUAGAAUAAAAACUCUGCAGGGACGUUUAUUUUUUAUUAAAGAAAACGGUGUCAUUUAAGUCCGGCAGAAAUAGAAUCAUAACUCCUUCAGGUAACCACAAUCUUUUGGUUUCAUCACUAUGUGACACCGACAAACUCAUUACGACAUUUUAAGGGCAUGAAAACAAAGAAAACUGAAAGCCCAUAAAAGUUAACUUUAAAGACAAUAUUUAUCUAUGUGUUUUAAAUUCCAAGAGGAAAAUACAAUGUCAAGUACAUAAUGGGAUACUUUACGUUCUGUGGAAAUUCCGGAAAAAGCCGCAAACUUCUGCUCCAUAGGUUAUUAUUUCGGCGCCCUUAUUGGCAUUGCCGUUUUCGAAAAAUAUUUGGGUUACAAUCUUUGCAGCAGAUCUUCAGCAUUCAAAAUGGUCGCCGUAAAGCAGAACACACGUCUUUAUAGUUCAGUUUAUCUUUAUUCCUUUUACAAUUCUUUGCGAAUGGAGGGCUACCAGUGUACAGCGUCUACUGUCCUUUUUUGCGAAAUAGAGGUUUUAAGGGCGAAGGAGUCCCCAUUAACAAGAAGGAAAACGGGUGUGAUAAGUGAAUGAGGCGAGAGAGAAAAUAUCAUUUUAACUGAUUUUUUUUAAUAUUCUUUUUCUCUAAACUGCAAAAAUUCAGCUGCCCAGGAAUUUCACUAUGAAAGGGUUUAUGUGUCUCCCUUUGGAAGUGAUGCUAACAACUGUGGCGCAAAGGUUCAUCCUUGUCAGACCAUCGCUCAAGCUGUCCGCCUGGUGAACUGGGGUGGAGAGAUUUACCUCAACGGGAGUGGUACAGAGAAUUUGCCCUACAAUUGCAGUCGUUCUAACGAACAUCUUGGUAUUUGCAUUAACAAAAGUUUGACUAUAAUAGGGCUGUUAUCACCACGCGUUUCCUGUAGCAGAGGAUUUUAUUUCAGAAACGAAAAUGACGAACGGCAGUUACGGGUGAAACUGGUAGGGGUCGUUUUCAGGCGAACAUCUUUGACAUUUGAGGACUGUCGACGCGCAACAAUUGUCAAUUGCACGUUCAGUUUUUCUCCAGAAGUUUUGAGCGUUUUUUUACAGAACGUUACAACAUUCCAGUUGGAUAUCACAGGAUACUCAUUAUUUCACAACAAUUCGCUAUGCCUCAUGUUUCGUUUUCUAGAAAAUGUCGGGAACAUCAGUCGUUUCGUGACAGUCAACCUAACAGAUUCGUAUUUCACAAAGAAUGGAUUUCUGAGCCACGGUAAACUACGGCGCACUUACAGGGGAGGCAUAAAGAUGGUAUCGGAGGAAAAGAGGGCUUCAAAAUUAGAGUAUAUAAAUAUCUUUUGUAACAACGUGAAUUAUGCUGGUAACUUUGGAUCUUUUUUAGACCUUUCGGUGCCAAACGCACAGACCAAAGAGUCACAUAAAGAUGUGAAUUUAGCCUUCAACAAGGCACCUUCAGAGGUCCCCCUAUACUUUUCAAAAGCGAAAGAAACCUGUGCAAUAUUUAAAGGUUUGCGAUGCGUUAGCAAUCCGACUUCAGGGUGUAUUAGAAUACACUCCGACCAGGCAGAAGUUGACGUCCACGGUUCUUUUUUCUCCCACAUUUCUCAAGGUCUGCAUCUUGAUUCUAAAAUCAGCGCAAAAGUUCGAAUUUUUAGUUCAGAGUUUGCAAAAAAUAAUGCUGGUUUUGGUGGUUCAUUUUUUGCUACAAGCCCUCGAGGAUUUCUCAAAAUCAGCAUUAUCAAUGUGGUAUUCAGUAAAAGCCAGGCGAAAAAGUAUGGGUGUGCAAUAGCAAUAGGAAAACCAGAAGAAAUCGUCGGAAGAAAACGCAAUGAGUCGAUUCCAGAUGAAUUGCAUUUCACUCUCAGAAAUGUGACAAUUGAACAGUGGUCCGGAAAGGGCUCCAAAUGUGCAGCUAUAAAUGUUCUUCUUAAAAGUGGACACGUAACAAUGGAAGAGUCACGAUUUUAUAAGAAAAGACAAACAUCAGUGAUGGGUCCUUUGAUUUUGAAGACACUCGGAGGGAAAUCUAACGUGACAAUUUCCAACUGCUCAUUUGUAGACAAAUCUGUGGAUAAAAGAAGGGCGAUAGCCUUUAAAAUAGUGGCAUCAAAUGGAAACGCAGGUAUCGUAACAAUAUCAAACAGCGUUUUCAUAAGCAGCGGGAAGAAACAGAAGGCCUUGUUUUUAAGUCCCAAGUACCGUAUUAAAGUGAUCAAUAUAACGGUGAUAUCAUUUCGGUAUGGAAUCCAGGUACUAUCUUCGUCACCCAAAAAUAGUACGUUUCCGAUUGAUGUCUGCUUCGAUAGAUGCACUUUUACGAAUAACAUCUAUGAUCUGAUGUUAACUUUGUUUGAUCCAACCUCGGUCCAAUUAACCAUUCAGAACACAAUUUUUACUAGUAAUGAAAACCUUUCUCAGAAAGGUUAUGCUAUUCGCCUCAAUAUCCCACCUCUGAAAAAUAUCAGCUUUUCAAAUGCAGUUGUAAAGCUUGACAAUGACACCUUUGACUCUAAACCGUCCAGCAACAUCGCUCUUUUCUUUAAAGGAAGAAAAGUUGUGGAAAUAAAGCGUUGCACAUUUCGUAAUUGCACUUAUACACACUCAGCUGUACAGAGGUGGGAUAUGACACAAACUCGCGAGUUUUACGAGACAGGUUCUGGCGCUAUUUCCAUAUUAACUUAUCCCGAUAAAAUUGUAAAUAAUGGAUGUCUUCAUUGGCCCACUACUCGUGAUACACAUCCUGUGUGGCAAUACGAAAGUUACGUACUCUUUGAAGAUUCUGUCUUUGAGGAAAACCUGGGACUGAUUGCUGGAGGAGUCCACGUAAGUAAUGGAUUCACUAAGUUCAAACGAUGUGUUUUUAAAGAUAAUUUUGGUAUUCAGCAGAGUGGACACAUCUAUUCCGCGCAUGGAACUGGUCAAGUGGAGUUGGAAGAUUGUUUGUUCUCAAGGACGAAGGAAAGAAUGUUCGGAUGUAACAGUUUUAGCUACGGAAAAGCUAUUUUCUUACAUUCUGAAAGUGGAGGGCCUUUAAAUCUUAGAAACACAUCUUUCAUUUCAGAAAUCCCUGCACGGAAAGAAUUUUCGAUGCUUCACAUUUCUAGUGGGGGAUACGUCCACAUGGAUAAUAAAUCCACCAUGCAAUGCAGCGAAGGAAGUCAGCUCUUACUGGAAAAUGCUACUCAUAUUGUAUAUACUGAUGUAAACGGCGUAUCUUGCAUAAUAAACGUCACAACUCUAAGGUAUUCUUGUCAUCCAUGUUGCCCAGGUUAUUAUAGCCUCCAAAAGGGAACUUCACGAGGUUUAUUUGUUAAUUCUACCGUUCGUUGUCUUCGAUGUCCCUUCGGUGCUAGUUGCAUUCAAAGAAAUGUAGCUGCAAAACCAGACUUCUGGGGUUUCCGACAUCAACAACGAUUGCAAUUUUUGGCUUGUCCGGAACAUUACUGUAAAAAGCCACGGAGAGAUUCAAAGGAUUUUAACGGUUGCAAUGGAAACAGAAGCGGUGCACUCUGUGGUAAGUGCGCCAAGGGAUUCACAGAAUCACUAUUUUCAACUGAAUGCUCUAAAGCUCCAAAAUGCGGGCAGUUUUGUCUAUGGGUCGUGACAAUACUGGUAACACUUGCAUUGGUGCUUUACCUUCUGAUAAAACCACCUACUCUAAGUUUCCUUGGCCGCCAGAUCCCUUGGUGUAGAAGAGACCAUCAUCAAACUAGACAACACGACGACUCAGACAGCAGUUUCAUCAAAAUAACAUUCUAUUUCUAUCAAGUUAUGGAGCUUUUGAUGGACACACCCAUAGAAGGCCGGCUUAAAAUAAUACCGUUUCUUGCCUUCGUGAUUUCCGUCUUCAAUUUUCAAGUUGCAGCCAUCAACAACAACAUCGGCUGUCCUUUUGCAGGUCUUACAGCGGUAACAAAGGAGGUUCUUUUAUCUGGAACUGUGUUCAUGGCAAUGGCGAACGUCUUCAUCUUGUAUUUUGUGCAUUUUUUUAUUAACCUAUUGAGGCAAAAGGAAAAGCCAAGACGUUUACACUACGCGGCCGUUUUCAUAGAGGUACUAUUGCUUGGGUAUGAGCGGCUCGCAGAAAUGUCCCUGAAACUGAUGCACUGUGUCUCUAUAGGAUCUAGAAAAUGGCUCUUUAUCGACGGAAAUGUUCCAUGUUUGCAGUGGUGGCAAUAUAUCGUGUUGGCUUACGUUGCUGCGUUUAUAUUGCCCUUUAUCCUGAUACUUUACUGGGGUUCUUCAAAGCUCUACACAUCGUCCAUUAAGGCAAGUGAAUUUCUCGCAGCUUGUGUCCUUCCACUGCCUUUUCUGAUCUACUGGCUUUACCAGAGCAUUUGGAAUAAAGGAGAACGACACGUGCCCGGAAGUGAUCAGGAUGUCAACAAAGAUGUUUUGGAAAUAAUCCAUGGGCCAUUUCGCCCUCCAGACACUGACAACAAAGGGGCCCUCUACUGGGAAAGUGUUUUGAUUGCGCGAAGGCUUAUUCUUCUUGUAAUCCAUACCUUUAUCACAGAUGCAUUGUUACGUGGGGUUUGCAUCUCAGGCGCUUGUUUCCUGAUAACAAUUCACCACGUUUUGAAGAACCCUUACAAAGAUCAGUUGGCUAAUAAAUCAGAAACUUUGUCUCUCGUUGUUUUGACCCUGAUUGCUGUAAUCAAUCUGCCAAAAGCAACCCUCUUUUCAUUCGGUGUAGACAUGAGCCCCGAUGCGUCAAACGGAGUUUAUUUGGAAAUGGUCAAGUGGUUUGAGGUUGCCGCUUUAGCAUUUAUUCCAGCGUUAGUAUUCCUGUUGGUCUCAUUUGCACUGCUAUCCCAGCUGGCAAGAUUUGGAGUGUUUUUAUUGAAGUAUAUUCGGCUUCUUUGUCAAUAUCGUCCCUCUGACUUGAUGACAGAAGCACACAGCCCCCUUAUAUAG